AAAAGUCUGAUUGAUAACUUAGCCAUUAGCGGUAACCAGCAUAGUACAAAGCGGCCAUGAAGAUAGUGCUAUUUUCUUUACUACUUGCGGCUUUGGCUGCAAACGCCGCGUGGGCUGUACCACUAUCCGAUUUCCCCGAGCAAGAAUACUCGAGAUUCGUCCAGUACACUGACGAAAAUGGUCUUCAAAAGACGAUUGAUCUAGAAGAGGAGGUUGAUGAGGAUCUUUUGGACAGUCUGGAUAGUUAUAUUGAUAGAUGCGUUUUGUUCACAAGAGAAAAUCCGUCAGAGGGACAAAAUCUGGAAAUGAACAAUGUAGAAUCUAUUCUGUCAUCAAACUUUGACCCGAAUGCGCCGACAGUUGUAGUGGUACAUGGCUGGCUCGGGAAUCAGGACUCUGGCAUGAACACACAGGUGCGAGAAGCAUUCUUAUCGAAGGGACCUGCCAACGUCAUCGCCGUUGACUGGCGGAGCCUGGCAGUCUCUGGCUACGUCACAGCCACCAGAGGAGUUCCUGAAGCAGGCCGUCAGCUUGGCAGAUUCUUGGCCUUCUUGAACAAAGUAGCCAAUGCUCCGUAUGAGAAAAUGCACCUGGUUGGGUUCAGCUUGGGAGCCCAUCUCGUUGGAAAUGCUGGAAGGGAGUUGGGAGGAAAGGUUGCUCGUGUCACUGGUCUUGACCCCGCCGGAUUACUAUGGAACCUAAACUCCAACAAGAUCAGCCGAAACGACGGUCAGUACGUUGAAGGAAUCCAUACAGAUGGUGGUCUGUCUGCGAGCAUUGGCAUCGGUUAUGCGAUUGGAGACGCCGACUUCUUCCCUAACGGUGGAAACAGCCAGCCUGGCUGUCUCACCAACUUCUGCAACCACAAUAGAGCCUGGAGGUUCUUUGCAUCCACAAUUACUCAUGACCACCUCGUGGGAAGGCAGUGCUCCAACUACCUGCAAGUUACGCUGGGCACUUGCCGUGGCCAAAAUCUCAACAUGGGCAACAGUGACUUGAACAAGACUGGAUCGGGAUUGUACCGCAUGAGAACAAGACGUUUUUACCCCUAUUAAUGUAAAAAAUGACAAAAUAGGCUCUAAUAAAGUCGAAUAAAGUUGUUAUUACAGUAUUCAAUCAUACUUUAA